AUGGCCCGGCCACCGCCCUGCUGGCUGUGGGUUCUGGGGACCCUGGUGGGGCUCUCAGCUACCCCAGCCCCCAAGAGCUGUCCAGAGAGGCACUACCGGGCUCCGGGAGAACUGUGCUGCCCAAUGUGUGAGCCAGGAACGUUCCUCGUGAAGAACUGUGACCAACACAGAAAGGCUACUCAGUGUCAUCCGUGUACACCAGGGGUCUCCUUCUCACCAGACCACCACGCCCGGCCCCACUGUGAGAGCUGUCGGCACUGUCACUCUGGUGAGAAAAUUAUGUCCCAGUAUACUAGAGUAGCAGACUUUAAAAUGGCCCCUUUGAACAAAUGUUCUCCAGCAGGACACUUUCUGUCCCCAGGUCUUCUCAUUCGAAACUGCACCCUCAGCACCAACGCCGAGUGUGCCUGCCCCAAGGGCUGGCAGUGCAAAGACAAGGAGUGUACCGAGUGUGAUCCUCCUGCAAACCCCUCGCUGACCCCUCGUCCAUCUCAGGGCCCAAGCCCACACCCACAACCCACCCACUUACCUUACGCCAAAAAGAUGCCAGAGGCCAGAACUGUUCGGCAUGUGCAGACUCUGGCUGACUUCAGGCAGCUGACUGCCCCAGCUCUCUCCACCCACUGGCCACCCCAAAGGUCUCUGUGCAACUCAGAAUGCAUCCGCAUCUUUGUGAUCUUCUCUGGAAUGUUUCUUGCUUUCACCGUGGUCGGAGCCCUGUUCCUCUAUCAACAAAGAAAAUACCGACUAAACAAAGGAGAAAGUCCAGUGGCGCCUGCAGAGCCUCUUCCUUACAGCUGCCCCAGGGAGGAAGAGGGCGGCGCCUUCCCCAUCCAGGAGGAUUACCGAAAACCAGAGCCAGCUUCCUACGCCUGAGAAAGCAAGCGCUCGGAGAAGUAGGGGGUCAUCACUGCAACAAAGCCUUAGCCUCCACCCCACCCCACUGGCCAUCCGGGGAAAUGAGACCGGACCCUUUCCUGUGUGCAGACUUGAGAAAGUGCCUCUCUGAGAUGGGCGACGAUGAGGACACAUGGGAACGAGGUGGAGGGUGGGAAGCAGGAGGCCGAGUGUGUCCUGGCCGACCCGGCUUCACCCCCGUGCCCCAGGAGGGCUGGGGCUCUAGUUGGAAAACACACUUCCGCCUAUGAAAGCCCCGCGUACUGUCUCGCUGACCUAGAAACUCGGCAAAAUAAAGUGACAGACUGCCACACACUGCAGCUCUCCAGCUCGCUCUCUGAAAUCCCAACCUCAGCACGCAGGCCACGCCCAGCCUCAUCUCACCAUCAGG